CCAGAAUGGAGUCUCAAUGGUCAGACGGAACUUCCAAGAGAAGAAGGGGAGUGCCAUGGUUUUAAUCUCUAAAUGAAGGAUGGACACAACAGAAUUUUACAGAAGAGAAAGUAAUGACUUACACAAAAAAUGGAUAACAGAAGAGGAUGAUCUAUAUCAGGUGGUUGGCAUUGGCUUGAUUCACCAAGGGAAAGACAACCCAACAAAUGAAUGUCACUGUAUCAUCUAUGAAAAAGAUGGCCCUGCCCUUCGGUCAACACCUCCUUCUAAUUAGCUUCUUUGGCUUCUUUGCAUUUAAUAGCUUUGUAAGAGGUCAAAAGAACAACACAUUGAUUUUUACCAAGGAAAACACCAUCCGAAACUGCAGCUGCUCUGCUGAUAUACGGGAUUGUGAUUACAGUUUGGCCAGUCUGAUGUGCACUUGUAAAACUGUUUUGCCCUACACAAUAGAGCAAGCCAGUUAUGACAGUGAUCUGACUAUCUGGUUCACAGACAUCACUGCACUGGGCUUCCUACUGAACUAUACAUUAGUUAAGGACCUGAAGCUUUCCCUAUGUAGCACCACUACUCUCCCAACAGAGUAUCUGGCUAUUUGGGGGCUGAAAAGACUUCGAAUCAACACAGAAGUCAAAGAUCAGUUCCCAGAGCAAAGCCUGAUGAUACACAGCAGUGGUGACAGUAGUUUUAAAGAAGACAAUCCUAAAUUGCCCACUAACAGGCAAACAUUAUUUUAUGUUUCAUUCUUGGAUACAGCUCUUUUCAAUGGGGAAUCUUCUUUGAAAUCAUACAGCAUUGAAAAUGUCACCAGUAUCACAAACAAUUUCCCUUAUCUUUCUUACUUGAAUAUGUUUUCCAUCCCAAGCUACGAAAGCUAUAUUGUUACAUUCAUUUAUUGAUAUUGUAUUGUGAUCAAUUUCAAUGGAUAGAUGAACAAAAAUGGAUAUGUUAACAAAACCUGGUUACCUUCCUCUCUCUUUUAUCCUUUCCCAACACAUACAGAAAGCUUAAGCAGCUAGGUGGCAUAAUGGAUACAACA